AGUGGAAGCCGGGCCGGGCCGGACCGGGCCGCGGGGACGGGGCCAUGCCGCUGCACCGCUUCCCGCCGCGGCUCUGGGCCGCCAUGCGGCUGCGGGAGGGCAUCUGCGCCCGGCUACCGCAGCACUACCUGGCCUCGCUGCAGGACGACACGCCGCCCACGCCCGUGCACUGGGAGCCGCACGGCCUGCGCUACCGGCGGAACCCGCGCACCGGGCAGCGCGAGCGCGUGCAGGACGUGCCGGUGCCCGUGUACUUCCCGCCCGCCGCCAACGAGGGGCUCUGGGGCGGCGAGGGAUGGAUCCGCGGCUUCCGCUACGCGCGCAACGACAAGCUCUCCACCAGGCUGCCCAAGACGUGGAAGCCGCAGCUGUUCGAGCGGCAGUUCUACAGCGAGAUCCUGGACGCCACGCUGACCAUCACCGUCACCAUGCGCACGCUCGACCUCAUCGACGCCGCCUUCGGCUUCGACUUCUACAUCCUCAAGACUCCCAAAGUUGACAUGUGCUCCAAGCUCGGGAUGGAUUUGAAGCGGACGAUGCUGCUGCGCCUGGCCCGGCGGGAUCCCAAGCUACAUCCCAAUGAUCCAGCCAGGAGAGAGGCCAUCUAUGACAAGUACAAGGAAUUUGUGAUCCCAGAAGAAGAAGCUGAAUGGGUUGGCUUGAGUUUGGAAGAAGCCAUAGAAAAACAGAGGCUCCUGGAAAAAAAGGACCCUGUCCCCCUCUUCAAGGUAUAUGCUGAAGAGCUUGUCAGCCAGCUGAAAGAACAGCAGCAGGCAGUGCAGAAGCAGUAGAAGGAGAGAAACCUUGGGAGAAAAACCCCUGCUGCAGAUAAAGCAGUGGGUUCAGGGGCUCUGAUGCCUGAACCACACUGGUGGUGAUGGGGCCACGUGAAAACCACUCUCCUCAAGUGUCAUGACAGCCUACAUUCAGUGAGGACCUGUUCCUCUGGGCUGAGGAAAGAGUUUCUAUGCUGAGACUUUGAGAGUUCUUGUCAGACUGACUCAGUGUGGAUCUUCUGUACGAACAGUUGGCUGCUGUUGAGAGCCUACUUGUGAUACAAAAUACACGUUUUGGUAUUAAGAACAGUAAACUUCCCUCUGAUA